AUGCAACCGGCGAUAACUGUGCUCACGCACAGCUGUAGUGAUGUUCGCCACCCGAGUGUGUUGUUACAGACCAAAGACGGCAAGAGAUAUAUUUUUGGGCAGUUGGGCGAAGGCUUCCAACGGUCUUUGGUCCAGCACAAGACUAAAAGCACCAAACUCAGUGGAAUCUUUUUAUCGGGGUCUUUACGCUGGUCCCAGGUGAGUGGAUUGCCUGGAUAUCUUCUGUCUUUGGCAGAAGUUCAUAAAAUAUCGGAGAUCCAUGGUGGGCUGUAUGAAAAAACCAACCGAAUGAUUGCAAGCUGGAAGCACUUUACUUUCCAUACUCCGCUUGAUCUGAGCCCUGCCAGUCCAAGUUCUUUCCGAGACGAGAACAUAUCUGUGGAGUCUGUUAUUCUAGGUUCUAACGGCUCAGAAUCGGCUAGCUUUAUUGUGCAGUUACUGCCGAGUCGAGGGAAGUUUCUUGUUUCUAAGGCAAAGGCUUUGGGCGUGCCUGCAGGGGCCAUGUACGGAAAAUUAAGCAGCGGAGAGUCUGUGGUAACUCCUGAAGGCCGCAAAGUCGAGCCCCAUGAAGUUGUAGGCCCUUCGCCUACACCUUGUCGGGUUCUUAUACUCGAUCUGCCUACUCAAGGUCAUGUCCAGGCAGCUUCAAAUCACAAAUGGGAUUUACAGUUGAAGCGCAAGCGUGACGGUGAAAGUGAGUACGAUGUUAAUGUUUCCGGAAUUUAUUACUUUUUAGGCAGUGAUGUCAACGUCAACAGCGCUGAUCUAGCGAGCAUUGCCGCUAAAUACCCCAAUGCUCACCAUUUUGUUUCGCAUCCGUCCACCUCGCCGGAUUAUAUGACAUUAACGAAGCUUCUCAAGCUCCAAAAUGCUUUGAGGCAAGUUAUUCCCGAUUCUGUACCUCGCCCGUAUGAAGCAAAAGCCCAAGCAUUGUUACCUGCCCCGUUUAUUCCAGUCAAGCAAAACGACGUAACUGGAUACGCAACUAGUGAUUCUGUGAAAUAUGUUGCAAACGAGGGUGAGGAAGAAAAUGAAUGCUCUCCCAAAAACAAUUUAAAGGAUACUGAACCAACCGUGGUAACUCUUGGCACUGGUUCAUCUGCUCCAUCCAACUACCGAAACGUGUCAAGCACCCUAGUUCGAGUCCCGACCACGAAUGGUGCGAGAGCAUUGCUUUUUGACUGCGGUGAAGGAGCACUCAACACUUUAAAGCGGCUGUAUGGCCCAGAUGGCCUGCGCAAAAGACUUCACGAAAUCGAUACCGUUUACAUCAGUCACAUGCAUGCCGAUCACCAUCUUGGCCUCCUAACUUUUAUUCGUCAUUGGCAAGCCGAGAACAAGGGCUCCUUAAAUUUGCUGGGUCCUGCAGCUAUCUACAAGUUCGCUUCUGCUUGGGAGAGUAUUGAUGUCGAGGAAGUGGAUCUCAACCGACUCAACUUUGUUGAUUUGGAAAGUUUCAUUGUGGGCUCAGGAUACUCAAAUAAGGAUUCUGACCGGAAUUUACCGACUGAAAUCUUCCAAAAUCUAGGUUUCUCGCUCCAAACAUGUCGUGCAGUGCACUGUGAUAGAAGCUACAGCUGUGUUUUAGACUAUGAUUUGCCAGAUGGCGAGACCUUCCGCGUAGCCUACUCAGGAGAUACCAGGCCAAACAAGUACUUUGCUCAACUGGCCAGAAACUGUAAUGUUCUCAUUCAUGAAGCUACUCAUGAGGAUGAAUUGCUCGAUGACGCUAUUGCAAAGAGACACUCAACAAUUUCUGAGGCUUUGGGCGUAGGUCGAGACAUGAUGGCAGAAAAUAUUGUACUCACACACUUUUCCCAGCGAUAUCCGCGGUUAGCCUCUGUUCAAAACCUAAACUUCCCAGCCCCCACAUGUUUUGCUUUUGAUGGGCUUCACAUCGCCGUGUCAGGAAUGCGAAAACUGCAGGAAAGUAUUGGUGCGAUUUCUGAUGUGAUCGCUCGAUUAGAUUUGGAGGAAGAGGGAAGCAAGUGA